AUGGUAUUGCUCCGUCUGAGCGUCAAAGGCAACGGUCUCCGACCAAGGCAUCUCGAGAACCUCCUCGCCAUCACCGCACUGCACGACGGACUCGUCAGCCGUAAGGGAAGAGAUAACUUGCAAAGGACCUCUUUCUUCUUUCAUUCAUUCCUUUCCUUGCAUCUCUCAGUGAGCCUGAGCACCAACCUGCUGUCGACGUAUCCACGGGGCGUCGGGGGCGUGGUGCGCGAGGCCGCUCAUACGGCUGCUGAUGGCGGCCCGGGCGGCACCUCAGCUCCCGACGCAUCGGGGCACAUAGCGGUGCUGGCGGAUGUGAUAGGGAGGCUGCGGGCGCUCGACCUGUCGGGCAACUACCUCACGGAAAAGGGCGUCAGGGUGAGGAAGCCACCCGACCAGACACACAAACAGCUUUUGCUUUGUUGUGUCAUGUGGGUGCGUGUGUAUGUGUGUGAUGGCAGGAUUUGUUUGAGCUGCUGCUGAGCAGGGACAGCCAGCUGUGGGACCUCAAUCUCGCCAGCACACAAGUAUGAACAAAUGGGAUGCCAUUCAUUUGCAAUGGACACAGGUUCAUCGGUGCGUUUGUGUGUGAUCGGUCAGCUAUUUGAUGGGAUGUCGGCCCUGGGUCAAUACUUGGCCACGCCGCAGUGCCCGCUCUUCAAACUGGUUGGCAUGGCACACGUGGGUGCCUUCACUCAUCCCCCUCUCUCAUUUGUAUGUGCUGCAUGCCUUUUCUUGCCGGCAGGACCUCAGCUACAAUUUCCUAGCCACCGAGACCUUCAGGUGCGGCGCCCUGCUGCUGACGGACGGCCAAAGAGUGUUAGCUAUACCGUCCCGUUAAUUUUCCUAUGGCAGGACUCUGGUGGCUGCACUGCGCCAGAACCGGCAGCUCCGGAUACUAAAGCUCGGUCAGAAGAUUGUUUCUGACAAUAAUGGCUGUUACCGUGUCUCCCCCUUUUGGUGUGCAGUGCAUUGCGGCCUGAAGGAGGACAGCAUCAGGAUUCUUGCUAACGCAGGUGGGCAAGAAAGACCCACCGGGGAAUCUUGAUGAAGACUGCCUGGCCGCUUAUCAUUUCCGCCAUGGAUCAGAUCUGACCCACUGCGGGCUUCAGUCCCUCAACCUGGAGCGCAACCGGCUGGGCCCCUCCGCCAUGCUGCCUCUCGCAAAGUGACUGACUGAGUCAUCAAGAAAUAAGACAGAGACAGCCAAGCCAUAUACACCUGCGCUUCUUUCUCAUCCUCAGGGCCUUGACGAGCCCGUGGGGCCAGCAGACGCUGGCGCACAUCAACCUGUCGCACAACGACCUGUCUGACCCCGACCGGCACCUCGCUGAGGCGUUCGAGAGAUACCCUCCAGAGGGCUCUGUCAGACGACUUGAACUGCGGAACACACGGCUGGCAUUCGACGCUGAUGUGCGUGAGUACUCAUUCACUCAUUCACACACACACAUGGACGAGUGUGUGGCCGGCCAGAGGACUUACUGUUUGCUCGGCUGUGUGUGUGUGCAGCUGGUGGGUGUGCAGCCGAGCAUUGUGCGGGCGCUGAGGACGGGCACGUCGUAAGUGACGCUAGCUAGAGGGGCGCCUGUCCGUGAGUGCGUAUUUGCUCACUCACUCUGACUGGCAGGGUCUCGUCCCUCGACGUCUCGGAGAACGACUUCUCUCCCGCCAUCGUACAAGCGGUAAGAAGGCAGGAAGAGUGGCAAGAGCACACCAUAAGGGUCUUUGCCUGCCUUCAUUGCCUCAGCUUGCCAAGGGUGCCACCCACUUGACCGAGCUGACGUUCAAUAAGACGUCCAGAGGUGAGUGGGAAACGGGAGACGGGACUCGCCCACAGCCUCCUUGUCUGUCUGCCUGUCUGCCUGCCUGGUUGUCUCAGCGAUCUUGUUCAUUGACGGGCUGAAGAAGGAGCUCUUCACCUUCCCCACAAAGGCAUACCAGCUCAACAAACUGUCCCUCGUGAGUCGCACCCAGUCGACAACAAUUAGACCAGCGACUGUGUUGUGCUGUUUGUGUCUGGCCAUGUAGAGUGGGUGCGAGUUGCGAGACGAGGGCGCCUCGCUGUUGUCGGAUGUGCUGCUGGCCAACCAGAAGAGGCUCAAGAGCCUCUCAUUCGACCCGCAGGCCCCACCCAGAUCUGACGCGCCUCCAGCUGCCAAGGGUGCUCCUGUCAGUUCACCGCCUUCAGCUCGGACGACAGCGUAAGAAGAAGCACACAGACCACGAACAAAGCGCCGCUUGAGUGACCUUGCUCUAUAUGUGUCCUUUCAGGGAGCAGCAGACGAGCCAGCCGAGUGACGCUGAUGCGCGAGCCACGAUUGGGGAGGCGGGCGGCCCUGAGGCCACCACUGACGAUGGCGCUGCUGCUGCUGCUGCUGCUGCUGCUCCUGGUCCGGCAUCUUCAUGGUCAGCCCUCGAGUGGUUCUCUAACGCGCUAUCGCAAGGCGCCCGAGUGGCCUCCCACUCCAUUCAGGUGCUCAGCCUCUCACACAACGGCAUCACGGCCAGGGGUCUGCUGCGGCUGCUGAGAUGGGUCAAGGACAACAGGCACCUCAAGGUGCUGCAGCUAUCGCACAACAAGCUCAAGACCGAGGGAGCCAAGUACCUCGCCGCCAUGCUCAAGGACAUGACCGAGAACGGCAUGACCUACCGCCUUAGCUACCUGGGCGUCGGGAGCUGCGCCCUCGGGUCACAGGGAGCGUUGUCCCUCGUCCAAUCGGCCGCCCCGAGCCCGGUGCAAAAGCUCGACAUCAGCGGCAACUUCAUCGAUGACUCCGUCGUUCCCGCCAUGUGUGCGGCUCUCGCCCCGCCAGCCGAGCCAUCGCCGCCCACAAGUCCCGGCAGGAGCAAACCCUUUGCACCCCUGCUCGCACUGGACGUGUCGGGCAAUCCGGGCAUCUCACCGACCGGUGUGGAGGCCAUUGCGGCGAUCGCCUUGGCGGCGGCGAGCCCACAGCCCUGGAGGUAUCUCGGCAUGAGGGACCUGCGUCUGGACGCCAAGAGUGCUGCACAGAUCCUGUCAACCAUCAGCUCGCUGUGGGUGGGCGCCCCCGACGCACCCCUCGUCGUCACCCCCAAACCAGUCACGAGCAACGUCGACCAAGACGACCAUCGGGAGACAGGAGACGACGUGACGGGUGAAUUGGGGAGAGAGCUGGAAGGGCUGAUGAAGAGGGAUCUGUGGGGCGAGAGCUGGGGCGAGGGGGAGCUGGAGGCGCUGCUCAGCGAUGAGGAGGUCGGCCGCGGAAUGGCUGGGGGCGGCGAUGUGGACGGCGAGAGAGUGCAUCAGCCGCUGCAGAUGACGCUUGACCUUUCCGGCAACGAGCUGCACAGGAUGGGACCUGUUGCUGACCUGCAGCACCUGCUCGGGUGACUGACUACACAUCAAGAUGACACUAAGUAACGAAGCUCCGUCUUUGCCCCCUUGCUUGUUCUGUCAGGACGCUUCACAGCUUCCCCCAGGAGAUGAUCUGCCACCUCUCCCUCGACUCCUGCCGCCUGGCGCCCCUCCUGGCCGACUCCUCUCUGGCCCACCCCUCUUUCAUCAACCAGCAGCCCUCCGGCAUUCUGUACCGUGCUCCCCCUCCCCCCUCCCUCCUCCGCAGCAUCGCAAGCAGCACCAUAGCCCCCCCUGCAGACAGAGACGGGGACCGGCCGCCCUCGCCUCUCAUCCCGCCCACUUCACACACGUCGCGGCAAGACACACUUCCCAAGAUCCGGGCCCACCUGAAGGAGGCGGUGCACGUGGCCUCGAUGACAUCGCAGAAGCCCUACCACUGGAUCGAUCGCAAUGGCCGGGUGUCCACCAUGCCUGUCCCCGCCACGCCUCAUCGGGUGCUCAUCGACCUCGGCCACGUGCCGCCGAGGAGGCGGGUGCAAGUGCUGCCGGACAACAGCGCCGACACAGCUGCUGUAAGUGACGUCAAGGACAAGACCUCGGCGCGUCAGAGCCCGUUUCGGCGGACGAGCAGAGUGACCACAGCCACCACAGCCGGAACGACGCCACUCAGCCGUCCGUCGCCCGGAAGGUCGUCGGCUGCGCCACCCGCCCCUGCCCCUCCGUAUGCAGCCCUCAGGUCGCCCCUCGCCAGGACCGUCCCCGCCCCAACACAGGACAAGAGGCAGUCGCCACCCCUUUUCGUGCCCAUCUUCUCUCGGAUCAGCCUGCCGGCGACCGACCGCCCCAAGACGCCCACACGCGUCAUCACGCUGAUCCCCCCCAGCCCCACACCGAAGAGCAGGCCGACGUCUCGAGCACGGCUGGUCGGCUCAUCUGUCCGGCUGUCUGGCGCACACACGCCGGUCAGCGAUUCCCCUGCGUCAGCGAGAAGGCGCAGAGGUGCGCCGAUCGAGCCAUGGGACAACAGCACCAAGAGCAGAUCGCCAUCCCGAAAGAGAGGCCCUCACGAGGGCGAGCAGCCCACAUGGAGGUCUCCCUUGUCCGCGGCAGAUGGGUCGCUGGAUCUCAAGUGCGAGGGCGUAGUGAUGGACGCCAUCAAGCUGAGAGACAGCCUUAUUCCUCUGGUGGAUGACACCAAGGGCGGGCCGCCGGGGGGCUAUGCAGGGCUGCUGGGGGGAGUGGUCGGGGGGAUGGGGGCGUCUCUUGCUGGGCCUGUUGCUGGCUCGCUGCGGUCGAUGGUGCUGAGGAGGUGUGAACUGGACGAUCGUGCCGUCAAGGUAGGCAUCUGCCUGGCCGCUCUUCGCAGAGAAGGCACAUUCGUUGCUCUCUUGCUUUUUUCCCAGAUGCUUUGUGACUGCCUACGAGAGUUCCCCUCCCUCACAGCUCUCGACAUCUCUCAGAACAAGGUAGGUAUCGACAUCCCCUCUCACACACGAUAACGAUCACAUCGCUCCCUGUCUGUUUCCUCUAAUUGACCAGAUCGGCCAUCUCGGCUGCCGGUCUCUUCGCGCCGUCCUCAGCGAGGGCACGAGGGACCUCCGGGCCAGCCAGACCUGCCUCAGCAAUGAAGAGCGGCGCGACCGCCUCAGCGAGACCCUUACCACGUCUUUGCUGGAGAGCGCCAUCGACGAGCCGCCGCCUGAGUCGAGGAUGGGUGAGGUGCGGGCCAGGACGCGGCCCUCGACGGCGAGGUCGACAGAGGGGAGACGGGUGGGGAGGUACGUCCACGAAGACACGGGGUACCCGAGGCUGAGAGAGCUGAGACUCGACGGCAACUCCAUCCGCGCCAAUGGGCUGCAGAGCCUCUUUGAUGUGAGCUGACCUGACCUGACCACAAAGGGAAUGGGCCUCCCUCCAUGUGUGCUGUGCUGUCUUGUCUGUGUGUGUCCUGACUGACAGGGAAUCUUGCUGGCGAUGCAUGGCCCGAGGGGGCCGAGCCUUCGGUUCCUGAGCGUGUGUGACAACCAGAUCACCUAUCCCGGCGGCUUCCUCGCCGCCAAGUUCCUGUCCUUCCCGUGCUGCCCACUCCUCUCAUUCGAGAUGGCAUCAAACCCCAUCGGCGCCACCGGCAUCGUCGCCAUCCUCCAGGUGGUGGUGGGGUGUGGGAUGGGGUGGCCUCACACGCCGAACAUCACACACGUGCAGUGCAUGCCUCUGUGUCUACCUCUCUGUGUGUGUGUGAUGCAGACGGUUGCAUCGAACCCCCGCCUGCAGGAGGUCGAUCUGUCCUUCUGCGGAGGUGCGUGAGUGAGUGAGUGAGGCAGAAUGGGAUUGACGCGGCGGAGUGCGUGGCUGUGUCUCGUUUCUUCGUUCGUUGAUUCAUUCAGCUGAGCCGUUUGUGGGCUUGCACAUAGCUGACUGUCUCAACGGCCGCUCCAGGUAGUCUGUCUCCCUAAUGACAUACAUGGCUGGGGGCUGUUUGAUGGAGAGUGUGCCUGUGUGGCUGCAGCUUGCGACGCUUGCGGAUGCUCGACCCCUCCCUCACAGAUGUAAGCUACGUUGUAAGCUCUCAUGACUUGACUUGCAUGCUGCUCUCACUCGUCUCGUGGACGUAUGUCUGUCUGUCUGUCUGUCUCUGGCUGGAUGUGUGUGUGUGUGUGUGUGUGCAGGAUCCGUCUCACCGUGAGCUGUUGCUGCCGUUCAUACGGGAGGGGCGCUUCGUGACCACGUCACUGCAGCAUGGACAUCACACCCUUCUGCAUCAUCAUCGCAGAUAG